UCCAUCCAUCUGACAGGUCGAGGCAGGCGAUGCGGGCCCGAGCCGCACGACGACAACAUUGUGAACAUCACUAGAACUCUCUCGCGGUGAAGAGCAGUUUGACACGCACGUGAUUGAGUCCACGCGAACAAGACAGUGCAUCAGUCUCGUCUCGUCUCAUCUUACAGAGGCAGUUUCUGUUUCUUUCUCUCCGUAUCUAUCUCUCUCUCUUUUUGUUUUUCCUGUCGCUCUUCCUCUUUUUCUUUUUCUUCUUCACUACUGAACUCCUGACUGAAGAAACAGGAACGGAGGCGGCUUGAGGGAGGCUGAAGAUGAUACUGAGAGUAGCUCCUGGGGGCAUCGUCCUUUUGCUCGCGCUAGCCGGGUCAGUUGGCGGUCAAGAUGACGAUUCUUUGGCCAGCAGCUUCAUAUCAGGUUUUUUAAAUACCUUGACGAACACGGCGAAGGUUGAUGGCUGUCCGGGUGUAUGCGUGCACGCGUUGGCGACGUUGAUGUGCGACGACGUUCUGGAGAACGUGCAGUGUCCCACGGCCAGUAUGCGAUGUUGCCUUCACGACGCGAUGAACGGCACCGGCUCGUCCUCUGAAAACGCCAUCGAUGACGAGGAGCCGACCUCGACCGUGUCCACGACGAUCAAGACGACCACGAUUUCUACGACGACACCUGCGACAACCGCCACGACGCUCGGCACGUCUACUUCCUCUACUUCGGCAAAAACUACACCGGAAAACUAUAACAAAAGCAGUGACAAACCCGGGAAAGCAUGCUUGGGGAUCUGCAUGAGCGAGAGAAUCGCCAAUUAUUGCGACGCCAUACUGGUGAUAGACAACCUGUGCUCGUCGGGCUUGAAGUGUUGCGUGGCCCGGGACGCUUUCGGCGAUUCGCCGCCGCCCGAACUCUUGGUGAUCGAUCGCACGAAAUCAAACGAGAAUUCCUCUCGUAAUGAUGAGAAAAACAACAGCAGUGUGUACAGCAAAACUUCGUUCACGCCGAUGACGACGCGACCGAACACAUCGCUCUCGACGAGUGUCUCCGCGAUGAUUACCACAACGACGACUACGACGAUGGCUACCAGACAACCGCCACCGCCGCCAACGACAACGACGACGACGACGACGACGACAACGACGAGACCGAAGCCGGUGCUACUAAAGACAUGCAGAGGAGAGUGCAUAAGCGGUCUGGCCGCGCUCUUCUGCGACAGCAUCGACAGCGACGCGGAUUGUCCGAACGAAGAGUCCGCGUUGACGGUUUGCUGUGUCAACGAACCGCUACCUGCGAAAACGGAAACGACGACAACGACGACGAUCCGGCCGUCUACGAGAGCUCCUCAACCGAAGCUACCGCCGUGUCCUGGCUUCUGUUUGCUGACUAUUAUGGCAGCAUUCUGCGAACGGCCAAACACAAUUAUAACAAAGACAUCGACCUGUCCCUCUAGUUCCAUCUGUUGCGAUAAUACAAAAAGUCCUCAGACAUCAAGACCAAAGCCGAAACCCACCCCGCGACCGCCGACGACCGUACCGUUACCACCAGACCCACGUCCGGAGUGUCCUGGUUCCUGCAUCAUGUCCUACUUGUCGUUCACCUGUUUCCGAAACGCUGAGCUGACAAACUUGUUCAAGUGUAAAAAGCAGGGACAUGAGUGCUGUGCUCCGAAGUCUCUGAUAAGAAAUGCUACCGAGCCACUUUUGAUGAACAGAAACGACACGUUCCACGUCACAUCCAGACCUUACACCACUCCGCUUACAACGUCGAUGUACGAAGCAACGACGAUCACCAGCACCACCAGAAGUCCCGUAUACAGCAAAUAUGUUUGUGGUGUGAAAGGCACGUCUCGUGGGCCGAUCCAGGCCCGAAGUUCCAAAAGGACUGCACGCGUGGUAGGAGGUGAAGACGCGGACGCCAACGAGUGGUGCUGGCAGGUUGCCUUGAUCAAUUCUCUUAAUCAGUACCUCUGCGGAGGCGCGUUGAUAGGAACGCAGUGGGUGCUCACUGCGGCGCACUGCGUCACGAACAUCGUCAGAUCUGGCGACGCGAUCUACGUGAGGGUGGGCGAUCACGAUCUCACUCGUAAAUACGGGAGCCCCGGCGCUCAAACUUUGCGCGUCGCAACCACGUACAUCCACCACAAUCAUAACAGUCAGACACUCGACAAUGAUAUCGCGUUGCUGAAGCUUCACGGCCAAGCGGAGCUGAAGGAUGGAGUUUGUUUGGUCUGUUUGCCAGGGCGCGGUGUUAGUCACACUGCUGGCAAAAGGUGUACGGUUACCGGUUAUGGAUACAUGGGAGAAGCUGGUCCUAUACCUCUUCGGGUACGUGAAGCGGAAAUACCGAUCGUCAGUGACGCUGAGUGCAUCAGGAAAGUCAACGCCGUGACUGAGAAGAUUUUCAUUCUACCAGCCAGCAGUUUCUGCGCCGGUGGGGAACAAGGAAAUGACGCGUGUCAGGGCGAUGGUGGAGGUCCCUUGGUAUGUCAAGACGACGGCUUCUACGAAUUAGCUGGACUGGUAUCCUGGGGAUUCGGUUGCGGUCGUCAAAACGUUCCGGGCGUGUAUGUAAAGGUCUCCGCGUACAUCGGUUGGAUAAAUCAGAUCAUAUCAGUGAACAAUCAUCAAUGAACUCUAGCUUAUCUCGCAUACGCUCUCGAAUAUACAUCUAAGAUAUUUAUUUAUUGACGGAAGAUCGUAGUACCUUCACGCGCUUGAUGAUACGUAAUACAUUAUGCUACACGCACGGAUAGAGCUAUCGCGAGACAAAACGGUGCACAUGCAAAUCGAUGCGGUGUGUGUUUUGAAACAAGAGAAACCGGUGCCAAAAAUAAUUCAUUUUUUUUCAAAUGUCGCGAGAUGUUCGCGACGCGUUCGGCGGUAAAUGACGAGAGCUGUAAAUGCAGUGUAAGUAAUGCUUUGUCAAUAUGUGCGAAAUUUUCACUUUGUUUUUCUUAUUUGUAAGUUAUUCGCGACGUCGUCGCGAUUUACUAGCUUUGAGAGCCCCGUUUAUUCGACAUUCCGAUAAUUCUCUUUUCUGUACUUCGUUAACUGUGCCAUCAAGUGCGUAUAUUGUUUCUAGAUGACAAAGAUAUUUUUCUACGUGACGUAAUGCUUCUAAAUAGAUUCUUCUAAAUAGACUUGAUUAUUGUUGAUUAAUUAAUUAAUAGUAGGGGAAGAUAUAUGUGCGUUAUUUAUUUAUGUUAAAUCAUGUAAUACGAGUAAAAGCCAAUUUCAUGAAUGUCGCUCGUAACUUUUCAAGUAAAUAGUGAUACAUCCUUGUGGAUAAUAUUCACUUUUUCACAAAGAUCUAUCCUGAAUCAAGCGAUAGUUUAGUAGUAAGCUGUACAAGUAUUACUAUUGAAUAUUAUUUAAUCUCAUUUACUUGUGAAAUUGGCUCUAUACGUAUUUCUCGCCGGAAUUUUUAAUUUUUUAUAUCCAUUCUCGUUGAUCCUGAAUAUAUACGAUUAUUUUGUGCUUUGUAUAUUAUUGCAUUAUUCGUAAGUUGCUGCUAUAUACAUAUAUUUAUAUGUAUAUUUAGGAUCUUUGUUGUCAUAUCCAAAUGUUAGUGGAUUGUACAUCUCGAUAUCAAACUUAGUAAUUAAGCGCACUAAAUACGUACUUCGUAAGCCAUUACAAAACAAAAAUUUCUAUUUUUCCAACGACUGCACACCAUUCCAUCCUUGUGUGUGUGCAUGAGAAACUUUAUAAUAAAGAUUAAAAUAAUUGUGUAGAAAUACAGUAUUCUGAAACAAAGA